AUGACCGGGUCUGGUGGGGGCCUCAGGGCCUGGGGGAGCCUCCUGCUGCUGCUGGGCCUGUGCAGCUGGCCAGGGGCCCGGGCAGCCGCCCCCAGCCCCGUCGGGAACCUGAGGGUGGAGGCGCAGACCACCAGCUCCGUCAGCCUACACUGGGAGGCGCCCGCCGGCCCCGCCCUGAACUACACCUACGGGGUCUGGUGGACCGGACCGGGUGACCAAAAUGAGACCCGGAACACGACAGACACCAGUUUCACAGCAGAGGGACUUGACCCCGGGUCCUCGUAUGAGUUUUCCGUGUGGGUGGAGGAAGGUGGACUCAGCAGCUCCCCGGUGACCGUCAGGGCCGCCACAGCCCCGAACCCCGUCGGGAACCUGAGGGUGGAGGCCCAGACCAACAGCUCCAUCAGCCUGCGCUGGGAGGCCCCCGCCGGCCCGGACCCUGAGAGCUACACCUACUGGGUCCGGUGGCCUGCAGACGGUGGCCAAAAUGAGACCCGGAACACGACAGACACCGGUUACAAAGUGGACGGACUUCACGCGGCAUCCUCGUAUGAGUUUUCCGUGUGGGCGGAGAGGAACGGAGUCUCCGGCUCCCCUGUGACCCUCCCCGCGUCCACAGCCCCCAGCCCCGUCGGGAACCUGAGGGUGGAGGCGCAGACCACCAGCUCCGUCAGCCUGCGCUGGGAGGCGCCCGCCGGCCCCGCCCUGAACUACACCUACGGGGUCCGGUGGACCGGACCGGGUGACCAAAAUGAGACCCGGAACACGACAGACACCAGUUUCACAGCAGAGGGACUUGACCCCGGGUCCUCGUAUGAGUUUUCCGUGUGGGUGGAGGAAGGCGGACUCAGCAGCUCCCCGGUGACCGUCAGGGCCGCCACAGCCCCGAACCCCGUCAGGAACCUGAGGGUGGAGGCUCGGACCACCAGCUCCAUCAGCCUGCGCUGGGAAGCCCCGGACGGCCCGGACUCUCAGAGCUACACCUACGGGGUCUCGUGGAUCCAGGAGGGUCGGCUCAGUACUAUGACCCACACCACCACUGAUACCGGGAUCACACUGAAGGAAGUGGAAGCUGGGAGCCUGUGCACCUUCACCAUCUGGGCAGAGAGAAACGGGGUCAGGAGUGACAACAAGACCUUCGCUGGGGCCACCGCUCCCAGCGAAGUCACAGCCCUGCAGAAGGAAAAUCAGACCAACACCUCAAUUGCCCUGCGGUGGGAGGCCCCCAAAGACCCGCGCCCUCACCUCUACACAUAUGGCAUCUGGUGGGCCAGUGCGGGACAUCCCCAGAGGGAACGAGAUCCCCAAGGAUAUCGAGCCUACGAGACAGGCAGGACCAACGAGACUUGGUACGUGCUGAAGGGCCUGGAACCCGGCACUCUGUACAACUUCAGCGUGCGGGCAGAGAGGAGCGACGCAGCCAGCGCCACACAGAGUCUUCACGCCUCCACAGAGCCGGACCCUGUCUCCAUCACCUCCUGCGUCAGCACCUCUGGGGGCUAUGGGGUCACCCUGACCUGGUCCUGCCCCCUGGGAGGCUUCGAGGCCUUUGAGGUGCAGGUGGGCGGGCAGCAGAGCUCCCAGGACAGGUCCUCCUGCGAGAGCGGUGCGUCCGUGGGGGGUCUGCAGCCGGCUCAGUCCUACGCAGCCACCGUCACCACCAUCUGGGCCGGCUUGAGGGCCCCCCCUGCCUCCGUGACCUGCCACACCCAGAGUGCAGGGGUCAUCGCCGGGGCCGUUGUCGGUGUCCUCCUGUUUCUUGUCCUGAUGGGCCUGCUGAUUUUCUUCCUGAGGAAGAGGCACAGAAGGAGCCGGAAGGAGUCAGCGGCCAGCUUCCUGGGGGACAUCCCGGCGGGUGACUUUGCUGAAUAUGUCAGGAAAAACGAGAAGGACAGCAGCUGUGGCUUCGCUGAGGAGUACCAGCGUUUGGCCCAGGAGGGCCUCGGCCAGUCUCAGACGGUGGCCUCAGCUCCUGAGAACUGCGCCAAGAACCGUUACAGAAACGUGCUGCCCUACGACUGGUCCCGUGUGCCCCUGAAGCUCCUCCCGGGGGAGCCAGGCUCCGACUACAUCAACGCCAGCUUUGUGCCUGGCCUCUGGAGCUCCCAGGAGUUCAUUGCGGCCCAGGGCCCCCUGCCGCAGACGGUGGGCGACUUCUGGCGCCUGGUGUGGGAGCAGCAGAGCCGCACCCUAGUCAUGCUCACCAACUGCGUGGAGUUCGGCCGGGUGAAGUGCGAGCAUUAUUGGCCUCUUGACGCCAAGCCCUGCACCCACGGGCACCUGCAAGUGGCCCUGAAGGGUGAGAAGGUGACGGAGAACUGGACGGUCCGAGACCUGAAGCUGCGGCAUACAGAGGAGCAGAAGACUCUGUCCGUGCGGCAGUUCCACUACGUGGCCUGGCCGGACCACGGCGUGCCCCACUCCCCAGACCCCUUGCUGGGCUUCUGGAAGACGCUCAGGCAGUGGCUGGACCAGAACCCCGGGGGAGGCCCCCCCAUUGUGCACUGCAGCGCCGGCGUGGGCCGCACGGGCACCCUCAUCGCCUUGGAUGUCCUGCUGCGGCAGCUGCAGAGUGAGGGCGUCGUGGGGCCCUUCCACUACGUGAGCAAGAUGCGGGAAAGCCGGCCCCUGAUGGUGCAGACUGAGGCCCAGUACGUGUUCCUGCACCAGUGCAUCCUCCGGUUCCUCCAGCAGUCCUGCCCAGCCCCCCCGGAGAAGGGGGCCGUGUAUGAGAACCUGGUCUUCGAGAAUGAGGCUGCCGCCCCGGCCCACUAG